GGGCCGGAGGGAGCGCGCGCGCAUGCGCCGUGGGUCGGGGGCCCCCGCCACCCCUCGGCCCAGCCCGGCCUGCUCAGGUGGAACAGAAUGAAAGAAGUAGACAAACUUGAAACUAUAAAAGAAGAAUGGGUUUGUGAACCAGGAUCUGACAAGCAGAUUCUCCAUGGUCAUGAACAAAACACUUAUGAGUAUUUAGUUGACAAUCUUUUUGAAGAAGCUCAGAAAGUUGGAGCAAUAUGCUUGUCACCAAAGGAUAUCAAGAAGAAACAGGUUGAUGUAUGUAUCAUGCUCUGGAAAAACGGUUUCACAGUAAAUAACGAUGAACUCAGAAGCUACACUGAUAGUGCAAGUCAACAGUUCUUGGACUCCAUAAAGAAAGGGGAAUUGCCUUUGGAAUUGCAAAAAGUGUUUGAUAAGGAAGAGGUGGAUGUGAAGGUUGAAGACAAGAAAAAUGUGGUGUAUGUGUCUAAGAAACCUGUAUUUCAGCCCUUUUCAGGCCCAGGUUACAGACUGGGAAGUGCCACACCAAAAAUAGUUUCCAAAGUAAAUAACAGUGGUGAAGCUAAGAACCAAAAGAUGCUUUCUUCCAUCCCAUUGAAUGAUUUAGAGCCCAGCACUAACGUGCAGAUAUGGUUAGCUGAUGGGAAAAGGAUCAUUCAGAAAUUUAAUGUUUCUCACAGAGUCAGCCAUGUCAGAGAUUUCAUCAGGAAAUACCAAGGAUCUGCAAGAAAUGUUCCUUUCACCCUUAGAACAGCUCUUCCUUUCCUCAAGCUUCUGGAUGAAACGCUCACUUUAGAGGAAGCUGAAUUACAGAAUGCCGUAGUCAUUCAGAGAUUUGAGAAAACAAUCGAACCUUUCGAAGGACUAUUAUAGUAUUGGUUUGUUACAGACCACCAACUUUACAGUGGGAAAGUUCCAGAAGAAUGACUGUUCUGGGUGGGAUAGACAAUCCAAAACAAGAAAAGUCAGAGUUGGGUUUAUUUGACAUUGGGCCCAGGAAAGAAUUAGCUGUCAUUUUAUCGGAAGAUUUGUAAAUGAAAGAUGACGAAACCAAAAAGCAACCUGGUCAGUAUUACUCAGAAUGAAGUGCACUUGUCUUCAAAAAGGCGGCUCCUGAAGUGUAAAACGUGGUAUUUAUUUUCGUAUCUUGCUUAUCGUCAUGAGUUUUAUAAUGGAUGCUCACAUCAUUUGGAGUUUGAUAUUGGCCAUAAAUGAGUAGCAUUCCUUCAAAAACUGUUCAUUGUCUUUUAGAAAGCUAUAUUAGCUCAUUAAAAGUGUAUUUUGAACUUUUGUCUGAUGAACCAGGUAAAAGCUUCAGUAGCGUUCUUAUAUUCCUAGUUACAAUUUAAUGGUUGAUAGGUAGCUCUAUCCUCUGCAUCAGUGUUGGCCUGUGUGCUUGGGAACAUGUGGAUGUGCAGUGUUCAUUCUUCCCAGUAUUGCAGGUGCAUUUUAAUUUCUGAAAGAUCCAGGACAAUUUGGCAGCAGUAGCCAAAGAAAUUCAUUCAAUCGUAUUUAUUGAGCACUCACCGUUUGCAGAGCACUGUACUAAGCGCAUGUACUAAGAAAUAACAUCUUUGGAGAAAGCACAAUCAGUAGUUUGAGCAUUAUCAUCUGUUCUUGCUCCAGUAACUGUUAACUGUGAUCAGUAUUACCUAAUAAGAGCACAUAAGAUUUCUACCCACUUUAUUUCCUUGUGUCGUCUUAUGAAGAAACAUGUGUGUCCUUUCUUUUCCAGCUUGUCCUCCCACUCCUAACCUCCGCCAGGUCUUUUGCUUUAUCAUCUCCUUUAGAUCUCAUUUUUUUUCCUGUAUAUUAGGUUGUGUGUUUGGCAAUAUCAUCUAUGCUCUCUUUUGCUGUUUAUUUAUUGAAAAUGAAUAGAUAAAGCUACAUAGCCUAAACACAGUUUUUAUGUAGAAAGCAGAAAGCUUAUCCUGUGAUAUAAAUGACAGUUCUUAUUCAUGGAAAACCUCAAAUACUGAUCUGCAUUCUUUAUGUUAAUUAUUUGGUAGAUACAGUUGUCCCUAGGAAGAAUUAAAUUUUUCCAGCUAAACAUAGAUAGGGACACUUCACUGCCUCUUCAUAACCUUGGUAAAUUGUAUCCUCCUACCGCUCUAUUUGUCUGAAAACAAUAAAUAAAACUGGAAAAUGAUCAAGACAAUUAGCUCUAGAGUGACCUUUUACUGUCUGCGUAGGAAUUAAAUAGCUUCUAUUGAUACUGGUAAGAUCGAGCAGUUAGGUCCAUGCUCUUUCCGGUAAGAUGUACACUGUUAGAACCAUAGUAAAGCCAAAGUUUUCCUAACCAAAGUGGUUUAAGCUACUCUUAAUGACCUAAAAGCUUUGAUACUCAAUUCUCUCCAUUUUCUUUUUCAAUUGUGACCAUGAUUCCACACUGUGACUAAUUCUCAAACAGUUGCUACAAGCAGAGCGUAAAUCUGGAAGCUGUUGCCUGGGCGAGUAGACAGUUUAAGGUUAGAACAUUGUUAAGGUAUUAGGGAACAUAGGGGAGAAUGGGAGCCUGUUGGGACCUGGGUUCUAAUCUCGGCUCUGCCACUCGCCUGCUGUGUGACCAUGGGCAAGUCACUUAACAUCUCUGUGCCUCAGUGACCUCAUCUGUAAAAUGAGGAUUAAGACUAUAAAUCUCAUGUGAGACCGGGACUGUGUCCAAGCUGAUUAGCUUGCAUCUACCCCAGCUUUUAGAACAGUGCUUGGCACAUAGCAAGUGCUUAAAUACUAUUAAGAAACAAUUUGUGCACAUGCUGAGGAUAUCAGAGAGGGCGAGUGCUACCGCACGUUUUCCUGACUGUGAGAUUUUGCAAGAACGUAACCUAUGUAUUACAGGAGAACUCGGUGGACUUCUGUACUUUACAUCUUGGUUGGAUCCAUAUAUGAUGGCGGGCUAGGAAAUGUCACAAAUGAGCAUCUUCACGAGAACAUUUGCACCUCACCCAAAUUGUACUUUCCAAGCGCUCAGUAUGGCGCUCUGCACACAGUGAGCGCUCAAUAAAUACAAUUGAAUGAACCCAAACUACAGAUGGCUCAAAUUCAGGUUAGAACGGUUUCUUGCAAACUCUUGUCCCUGUUGGGAUAUAGAAAAUGCACUGCUAUUCAUGAGAACCCCAAUUUAUUGGUUGUCUUUAGGUUACGUUUCUAUGCACUGUAUUCAACCUAAAAAACGAGAUCAGUAAAACAUGCCUAUCAUUGGUUUUGGAUGCUAAUGUUAGAAAUACAAUAUUAGAUGGCGAUGAAUAUAUUUUAGUGCCUUAGAGAACUUAAGACAGUGAUAGUGCAUAAUGAUUGUGGAAUAUAUUUUUCUUCAACAUUAAAUGCUGUUUGUAAGAAGUUCAUGAAACAGUUGCAGUAAUAUAUAUUUGUAUUUUUAAUGAAACUACAUCUGAAUUGAGUUGUCCUUCAUCCCCAAAGUAUUAGAUCUACUAGAGGUUUUAAACAGAAUGCUCAAAUAAACUCUAGAAAAACUGCAA